AUCCUCCUGGCUGGUGGCGGGAAAGGCAGAUCCUCCUCUACCUGCUCGCCUCCAUCUUCAUCCUGACAGUCCAUUCACAGGCGAGCACUUGCUGAAACAGACGGUCAGUUUUGAGAAAGUGAAACUGACCAACAACAUGCUGGACAAGAACGGACACAUUAUCCUGAACUCCAUGCACAAGUACCAGCCCCGAGUCCAUCUGAUCAAGAAACAGGAUAAUCUCAAACUGCCCAUCUCAUCUCUGGAGGGCCAUGACGCCAAAACGUUCGUGUUUCCGGAGACGGUGUUCAUAGCUGUCACAGCUUACCAGAACCAGCUGAUAACAAAACUCAAAAUAGACAGUAACCCUUUUGCCAAGGGCUUCCGGGACUCGAGUCGCCUCACGGAAUUUGACAGAGAGACAAUGGAGUCGCUGCUACACAAUCAUUCUUAUGCCAGGUCUCCCCUGCGAGCAUUUUCUGAGAGCGAGUUUGAAGAGGCCCUCAAGAAUAGGGACAGCAAGGAUCACGCCGCUGCUCUAAGUCUGCUAUACACGUGGCGAAUGCAGUCGGCGUCCUUGUUACCAGGGCAACAACCAGUCAUCAACCCGGCUCCGUACGCCAUGUAUGGAAACUUUCUCAGCCACGCCUACCGCGGUAUGGAGACAGUAGCCACGGCAGCGGACAUGCGCAGCAGUGCCACGGUGAUGAACGACGUGCUCCUACGUAGCUCCUUCUACAAACAGACUGUGACCUCAUCUCUAGCCGCCGCCUACCAGAGAGGCCUGUAUCGCUACCACCCUUACCUCCCUACAGAUAGAGUUCGAUCGCCAGAUACGUAG